AUGAGAAGUGCUUUACCGCGCAGCAUACAGCAGUAUGCUACACUGCAGAGAUUCUUGAUCCCACUUACAUCUCCUUCUUUCCGGCACACGUAUCCGCUGGCAACUUCUUCGCGCCGCCAGCAGCGAGGCUACUCAUCUCGAAUCGAGCCAAAAUCCAGUGUACCAACGACUAUUCGCAAAAGCACCAGUGUCAUUGAGCAUGUCCUUACAACCUCAGACCAACUCGUCAACUGGGCGCGUCAAGGCUCGUUAUGGCCUCUCAGCUUCGGCCUCGCCUGCUGCGCAAUCGAGAUGAUGCACCUCUCCAUGCCUCGCUACGACCAAGAUCGCUUGGGCAUCAUCUUUCGCGCCUCACCACGGCAAGCCGAUGUCAUGAUCGUUGCCGGCACCGUCACGAACAAAAUCGCUUCCGCAGUUCGUCAAUGCUACGACCAGAUGCCGGAUCCGAAGUGGGUCAUCAGCAUGGGGAGUUGUGCAAAUGGUGGCGGAUACUAUCACUAUAGUUACAGUGUUGUGAGAGGCGUGGAUCGUAUCAUUCCUGUGGAUAUAUAUGUACCGGGUUGUCCGCCAACUGCUGAGGCGUUGUUGUACGGCAUCUUCCAACUACAGAAGAAGAUGAGACGGACUAAGACGACGCGGAUGUGGUAUAGAAAGUAG